UUUGAAGCCGCCCACAUCUCUUGGCGUAACCUUCAAACCAUAUUAAUGUUUUUCUCUUCCAUUUCCAUAUUUAAAGUUUAAACCCUUUCCAUUGAUAUCACAUCUCAAAUGGCUAUUCUCUCUAACUUCUUAAACUCGACAUCUCCGUUGCAAUCCGCUACCACCACCACCACCACCAUCGAAUCCUUAGAAUCGUCUAUCCACGAUGUUGUGAAACUCUACGAAAGACGUAAAAAAUGGCGAUCUCUAUUCGUCGCCCCAAAUACAAAUAGUAUCGACACAUUUUCGUCAUGGAGAGUCCAUUUAAUCACCUUACUCGAAUCCACUCCCGCUCAUGUCAUCACCAUUGUUCUCCUCGUAAUGGACCUUAUCAUCACCGUUCUCGAACUUUCGUCGUCGUUAAUAUCUUGUGGAUCACACGGGAAAGAAGAAGAAAAAAUGUUGUACUUCCAUUGGGUGAGCAUUGCCAUCUUGAGCUUUCUCUCCGCAAAGACGACAGCUCUGAUGGUGGGGUUGGGCUGCUCGUUCUUUAGACGGUCAGGUUGCGUCGUGGAUGGUGUGGUAGCGGUCGUGGCGUUGGUUUUGGAGGUGGCGGCGGAGAGGAAAGGCGGCGGAGUGAUAAUGAUGGCAAGCUUGUGGAGGCUUGUGAGGGUGGUGGAGAGUGCUUUUGAGCUAAGUGAUGAUGCCAUUGAAGUGAAGAUUGAAGAAAUAGUUUGGGAGUUAGAGAGAAUGAAAGAAGAAAUAAGAAGACAGAAAGAGAAGGAUGAACUGAUGGAGAUGCUUUAAGGAAAGAGUUUGAAUCAUUUGCAAAACUAUAAUUCUUAGUAACCUUUAAGUUUGGUUCUUCAUAUGCCUUAUAUAGCCAAUAUUUUGUUUGUAAAUUAUAAUUUUAUUUAUUGUAAUAUA